AUGUCACAAGUUAUAACAAAAUCAACUGUAACUCUGGAUUCGUUACUGCAAAAUGAGAUGUUCCAGAAUUCACUCACGAAGAAAGUAAAUUCCAGGCAAGAAAAAUCACGAGAAUGCAGAGAUUUAUAUUUAAAAGCGAAUUUUGAUAAACUUCUUUCCAAAAUGUAUCAAUAUAAGAUAUUGGACCAUGGGUUUGAUGAGCAUAGUAGUGAUUUAUGGAGUUGGUUUCUUGCAGCUAUUAGCGGAGUACGUCGUCUCGAUGAGUUGACUCCGGAAGUGUACAAGCAUAUUAAUGGCGAAUUAAGCCGUAUUUAUGGAGGUAUAUUUGAAGUCUUCGAGGAACUGAGAAUACUAGAGCGGGAGAAGCUUAUGGUCAAUUACUUUAGGACUGCUGUGCGGUUUAAAAAUAUUGAUCCUACACAGAGCAAUGAAUAUUUACAGAAGGUCAACUCGAAUAUGUGUCGGGAAAUAGGUAAGUUGGUUCUUGAAGUGCACAGCGAACCAGAGGUGAAAAUGUUUGCAAAGUUGGUGGAAAUAUAUAUCUUUGAUCUACAAAUAAGUCGCUUGAACAAAUCUCCCGAACAGUCCUUGUACUGGUUGAUCUGCAGAAAGUUUCCACUGUUGAGCAGCAAGCUAUCCAGCCUUGCACAAAGCCGUGGUACUUCCAGCACUUUAGAGGAUGCCAUUCUUAUGCAACUUGAAUCCAAGAGAAAAACGUCCAAGCAAAGGAACUCAAUAACUACAGAGAAACAGGCAGCCCCUGCUCUCAAUGACAGGUCCCAGAAGUCCAUCAGUGGCUCGAAACCUCAACUUCUCCAGGCACUGCAACCGCUUGUACCUAUUCCCACCGAAGUUCAAAGGAAUAACAGCAAACAAGAACCCUCUAAAUAUUUCAAGGUGUCUUUACUCAGAUAUUUACCUACAUGGAUGACCGAAGUGACCGACACUAGGUUCAUAGCGUUGGUCGUCAUUGUAUUCGUUGCAAUUAAGAAGGUUCGGUGGUUCAAAACCCUCUCCAACUACGGCCUACUUAGCAUAUCUGAUAUUUUGAACCUUUUAAAAAGCAUUUAG